AUGGCACAGAGUUUCAAUCUGGUAUCCAUCCCAACCCGAAAGAAUUGUGUAACCCUCCAGAAGCAGAUCUGCAGCUCUCAUGGAGGCCACACUCCUCAGUCAGGACAGGGAUUCCUGUCUCUGCAUCGUACUGAGUCAAGGACCUGUACACACCUGAUCCACUUCACACUAUUCAUACACACUUUUCUGUCUGUUUUCAGUUUGGAAAACUGCAGUUUUUUCAAAAUUAACGGUGAAGCUCUGAGCUCAGCUCUAAAGUAUAACCACUCCAAUCUGACAGAACUGGACCUGAGUUUCAACAACUUAGAGGAUUCAGGAUUUCUUCAUCUCUGUGAAUUUCUAAAGAGUCCAGACUGCAGACUGCAUACUCUGAGGUUGGAGAACUGUAGAUUGUCUGAGAUCAGCUGUAAAGCACUGGGCUCAGCGCUGAAGUCCAACCCAUCCAAUCUGACAGAACUGGACCUGAGCCUUAACAAUUUGCAGGAUUCUGGAUUUCUUCAUCUCUGUGGUUUUUUGGAAUGUCCAGACUGUAGACUACAGACUCUGAGGUUGGAGAACUGCAGUUUGUCAGAGAUAAGCUGUGAAGCUUUGGGCUCAGCUCUGAAGUCCAACCCAUCCAAUCUGACAAUACUGGACCUGAGUCUUAACAAGAUGCAAGAUCAAGGGUUUCUUCAUCUGUGUGGAUUUCUGGAGAGUCCAGACUGCAGAUUGCAGACUCUGAGGUUGAAGUACUGCAGUUUGUCAAAGACCAGCUGGGCUGCUAUGGACUCAGCUCUGAAGUCCAACCAAUCCAACCUGAUAGACCUGAACAUAAGCUUCAACAAGCUGCAGGAUUCAGGAUUUCUCCAUCUGUGUGGUUUUCUGGAAAGUUCAGACUGCAGACUGCAGACUCUGAGGUUGGUGAACUGUCAAUUGUCAGAGAUCAGCUGUGUAGUUCUUGGCUCAGCUCUGAAGUCCAACCCAUCCAAUCUGACAGAACUGGACCUGAGUCUUAACAGCCUGCAGGAUUCAGGAUUUCUUCAUCUGUGUGGUUUUCUACAGAGUCCAGUUUGCAGACUGCAGACUCUGAGGCUGGAGAACUGCAGUUUGUCAAGGAUUAGCUGUGAAGCUUUGGGCUCAGCUCUGAAGUCCAACCCUUCCAGUUUGACAGAAUUAGACUUGAGUCUCAACAACCUGCAGGAUUCAGGGUUCCUUCAUUUGUGCAGUUUUCUGGAGAGCCCAGACUGCCGACUGCAGACUUUGAGGUCAAAGUACUGCCGUUUGUCGGGGGUUAGCUGUGAAGCUUUGGGCUCAGCUCUGAAGUCCCACCCUUCCAGUUUGACGGAAAUAGACUUGAGUCUCAACAACCUGCAGGAUUCAGGAUUUCUUCAUUUGUGUGGUUUUCUGGAGAGUCCAGACUGCAGACUCCAGACUCUACGGUUGGAGUUCUGCAGUUUGUCAGAGAUCAGCUGUGCUGCUCUGGUCUCAGCACUGAAGUCUAAAUCGCCCAACCUGACAGAACUGGACCUGAGCAGGAACAGAGAAGUGCAUGACUCAGGAGUUCUUCAUUUGUGUGGUUUUCUGGAGAAUCCUUCCUGCAGACUGUUGACUUUGAGGAUGAGAUACUGCAGUUUGUCAAAGAUCAGUUGCGUUGCUCUGGUCUCAGCUCUGAAAUCCAAUCCGUCCCACCUAACAGAACUGGACCUGAGGAACAACAGCCUGCAGGAUUCAGAUGUUAAGCAGCUGCAGGAUCUGGUGGAGAGUCCAAAUUCCAAGCUACAGAUACUGAGGUGGAGCAGAGAAGAGAAGCAGCAGCUGGUCUGCUGAGAUGUUCUGACUGGGGCAUGUUCCUCUGAGGUGGGGAGAAGAGUGAUGGAAGAAUCUGAGGAAGUGGAGAUGAACGUUAAAGCUGCAGCAUGAACUGAGAUCAGCUCCAUCGUCUCUCUCUGCAUCAAGUUGUGGUGCUGCAGCUCCCCUGGUGGACUGAUUGAAAACUGCACUUCAUUUUCUCAUUUUAACUUGGAGUGUUGGGAAGUAUGGAGACCUAUACUGUUCAUAAUUAAAUUAUUUAAAUCCUUCACACAUAUUUUGAGUUAGCCACUAUAUUAUCUAAUAUAUUUUAUUUUGCUUUAAAAACCCAUUCAUUAUUUUAAAAUAUUCAUUUUAAUCAUGUUG